GCUAUUAGGAUUACAAAAAAAUAAUAAUAAUAACAACAAUAAUUGUUUUGUUUCUUCUUUCUUCCUUCUUCUUCCUUCCAGAGUCUCAACCAACCAGGCUGAUCAGAGGGGCUUUGAUGACUGAGAUGGGGCACCGGAAGGGCAAGAGGAGUGGUGGAUGUUUAUUAUGUUGGUCUGUCCCUUCUGUUAGGGCCAGCUCUGCGUUUAGAGGGCUUGGGAGGUGCUUGUUUGUGAGUUGUUACCCUGUGGUGCAGUGUUUUGGGUGGGAUGACUGCAGGCACCGCCAUCACCACCACACCUAUUUCCAGUGAUAUAUACAUUUGUACCUCUGUCUUCUCUUCUCUUCUCAAUAUAUAGAUCUAGUGUACGUAAAUUCUUUAAGAUUGUGUUUUUAGUAUGAUAUAAUAUAGGACCAAAUCAGCAGGUACCUUCUGAAUCAGCUAGAUUCAAAAUAAUCAGCUGAGUUUUGUCUUUAAUUAUCCUUCUUCUAUUCUUAAGAAUGGAGUGGAAUGGAAUGGAGGAGCAGACCAAGGCUGCUUAAUGAUUCUGCGGAAUCAUGCUUUUGUUAUAAUUUUAUUAUUAUCAAAUGACUGAAUUUCUUUCCCUUGUUAAUUUGUUUCACAAUUUGUUACUACUUUUUUUAGCUUUCUUACAAUAUAUUCAAAAAAGAAUG